AUGGACAAGCAAAGCUCACUAAUUUGGUAUCUUGAUUCUGGCUUGGAUCUGCAAAAUGCGUCGAAAAAUGCACCUCCGAAGUUUUUCCCACAAGGAAUUGGCAUGGCCAAAAUUUUGGACCAAAAAACUGCAACAUUUACAGCGCUUUCACAAUGUAAUGAGAAUCACGUUUUUUUUUUUGUGUUUCCAUAUAUGGAAUUUAGAGAACCUUGUCAAUUUAUUUGUCUCGUCUUCACUAUGGGCAACCGGAAAAUCAGCGCGGACCUCAAAGAAUGUGCACUACGACUCUGGGAGCUUGGCUACGACCUAGGCUUUAUCUCGGAAAGUCUAUGUAUCUCUAAGGCAAGCAUUUACCAGUGGCGCAGCAUCUUUGCGGAAUUUAGCUCUGUCAACCGGCCACCCUCUCCACUGCUUGGAAGGCCGAGAAUCAUUGUUCGCACUGUGCUCACUGCUAUCAAGGAAGUCUACCACAAUGAAGUGGAUGCAUACCUUGAUGAACUCGUCUGGUGGCUUGCCAUUCACCACGAUAUCGUGAUCUCACGCAGCGCGCUUCACAAGAACCUUCUAGAUGCAGGUCUUACUUGA